GCCACACUCCGACUGAGACGGACCGAACUGUGCUGUAACCCUAAAACCUGCUGCUCAAAGUCGACUGCAGAAUAACUACAGAGGAGAAGUGAGGAACAGAAAGAGCUCGUGAAGAAUAAACAGUAAAACCGAGCGUGGUCAGCAGAGAGCGAGCCCCUGAAACAGACACAAAUCCAUCGAUGGAUCCACACCCAGCUCCUCCUUCACUACUGCCGACUCUGAUCUGGAAGGAGGAGAACACACGGAUGACCCGAUGACUGAUCGGUUCUGGACAGCAGGGAAAAAAGAAAAUGAAAGGAGUGAAGAAAUUGAGAACAACGACAAUAGAAAAUGAUGUAAAUCAGAGGAGAAAAGCAUGAAAGAGUAAAGACGGUAAAGGCUUUAUGAAAGGCACAAAGGCAGAGUCAGAACAAGAGCUCAGCUCAUUUUCACAAGCACUAAAUCUACAACAACAGGCAGCAGGCAGGACGACCUGGACGAGAACCUGACUUUAUAGAUAACUUACAACAUUAAGGAUUUAGUAAAACAAACAUAAAUAAAUGAACAAGAUGACCGAAGAACCUGAGAAGAAUAAGAACAACAAGGAUAUGAAAAACCAGCAUGAAUUGGAAAAGACAGCGGUGAAGGACAGAGGAAGGAGAAUAAGAGGAAGCCAGCAAUCAGCAUCUUUAUAUAGGGAAGGUUGGGCUCUGAGUGAGCGUCUAGUCUUCAAUGUUUCGGGGAUGCGGUAUGAAACCCAAACACGGACUCUGGCCCGUUUUCCCCACUCCCUGCUGGGAGAUCCUCACAAGAGGCUGAGAUACUUUGACCCUCUGAAGAACGAGUUUUUUCUGGACCGGAACCGGGCCUGCUUCGACUACAUCCUGUACUUCUACCAGUCGGGCGGACGGCUGCGGAGGCCGGCUCACAUCCCGUUGGACGUCUUCAUGGAGGAGCUGGACUUCUUUGAGCUGGGUGAUGAGGCCAUGAGCCGUUUCAAAGAGGAAGAAGGGUUCCCCAAGGAAGAGCCCCGUGCCCUGCCCACUCACCCGCUACAGCGCCGCCUGUGGAUGCUCUUUGAGCACCCAGAAUCAUCGGGGGGCGCUCGCAUCAUUGCCAUCAUUAGCGUCAUGGUGAUCCUGGUGUCCAUCCUGAUCUUCUGCCUGGAGACGCUGCCAGACUUCAGAGGAGAAAAGGAGCUGAGAGAGGAACUCGCCUACAGGUCUCACAGUAACUCUGAGAACUCCACAGUGCUGUUCUCCCACUCGCUCUCUCCAUUCCAGGAUCCAUUCUUCGUGGUGGAGACCAUCUGUAUCUGCUGGUUCUCCUUCGAGCUGCUGAUGCGUUUCACCUGCUCGCCCAAUAAGCUUCAGUUCUUUAAGGAUGUGAUGAACGUGAUCGAUUUCAUGGCCAUCCUGCCGUACUUCAUCACUCUGGGCAGCGAGCUGGCCAAAUCUAAAGGAUCCACACACGCCAUGUCCCUGGCCAUAGUGAGGGUCAUCCGACUGGUCAGAGUGUUCCGGAUCUUUAAGCUGUCGCGCCACUCGAAGGGUCUCCAGAUUCUGGGACAGACCUUCCAGGCCAGCAUGCGAGAGCUCGGCCUGCUCAUCUUCUUUCUCUUCAUCGGAGUCAUCCUCUUCUCCAGUGCCAUCUACUUCGCCGAGACCGAUCACGCAGACACGUCUUUCAUCAGCAUCCCCCACGCCUUCUGGUGGGCUGUGGUGACCAUGACGACGGUGGGCUAUGGUGACAUGUACCCUGAGACAAUGUCAGGGAAGCUCGUGGGAUCCAUGUGCGCCAUCGCCGGCGUGCUGACGAUUUCACUUCCGGUUCCUGUCAUCGUGUCCAACUUCAGCUACUUCUACCACCGGGAGACGGAGUGUGUGGACAGUACGGAAUAUACACACGUUAAAACGGCACUGUGGAGCGAGGAGGAAGAUGAGGAAGAGGAGGGGGCAGAUGAGGAAGGGAGGGAUGGUGUCUGCCCGCCAUUAAACAGAGCUCUGCUGGAAGCUCUAUGUGUGGGACAUAAAGCUCUGGUCACACAAGUCUAAUACAGAAUACAUUACAUGACCGUGUUAAUGCGGUCGCCCGGCCAGUCAGCCGUGCCCGGUUAGAGAAGCUGCUCUUCUGCUUUUUUUGCCUUUUAAUUUUCUUUACGCCGACCGCUAAUAUAACACAGUGGGUAUUUCUCAAUGCGAAGAACGAGACGAACAGAUUUGUCAAGGUACCCUGCAGGAAUGAACAAAGCGUCAUGCUUCUGGAAUGAAUUUGGAAGAAGAUGAGGAUGAAAAAGGCAUGUGUAAGAGUUUGAGAUGUGCCGUGUUGCCGUAGCGCAGCAUUGAGAUCCUGUUUGAGGCCGUUUACCUGGCACUAAGAUUAGCAGCCUUAAUACUCACAAUAUUAUGAAAUCCAAAUCUCUAAGUCUCUUAGAGUCUCUCCUGAAGUUCCCCUUACAAAAUAUAAGGCUCUGCACUGUCCGGCUCCUCAGUACUGGGCAGAGCUUCUUCAUCUACAUGUCCCAUGCCGUACUUUGAGAUCAAAAUCUAGGCCUUCUUCAUGUUCCUAGGUUUAAAUUGGUUUCUAUGGGUGGUCGAUUGUUUAAUGUAGUAGCUCCCGAGUUAUGGAAUACUCUCCCCCAGUCUGUUCAGGGUGCGAUCUCUCCGUCUUCAAUCAAAUCUCGGUUAAAGACUUGUUCUCACUGUUUUCAUUGCUCUGUUUAUACUAGAAUGUUUACCUGUAUUGUCCUUUUGUCACAUUACAUUACAUUUAGCAGACGCUUUUAUCCAAAGCGACUUACAAAUAAUGAGGUACAUAGAACAAACAUAGUCAGGCCUUAAAGGAGG